AUGCAAUUAAAUUUUUUGAUUUCUGGUAACUUCAUAAAUGAAUGUUUUCCAACACAUAAAUCAUAUUUCGUUCUAUGUUUUCAAUAAUCAUGCUUUCAUUUUUUGGUUAUAUUUUCAUUUGAUAAGUGAAAGCACAUUUUUUUGGAAUUAUAAUAAAUUUAGCAACAGAAAUAUUGCUCUCUCCCAGGUAUCCUCAAGGUAUUUGCAUUGAUUAGUAUUUUGUCUAAUGUUCAGCAUUGCUUAUUAUAUUUUUACUUUUCUUGGGACUCUUUUCAGUGGUUUUCAAACAAUAUUCAGCGGUUUGAUAAUUUAUAAAUGCUAUUUCAAAUCAUCUAUCAAACACAAAAUCGAUUUCAAGCUUUUAUUGGUUCGCACAAUUUUUGAUUUCUUGAAUGGGUUUCUAUGUGAGAUUUCUUUCAAAUUCCCUCAUAAACCUGAUAUUUCUUUGCAGAUUGCAUAUUUUAUACGCUGACAAUUCCAAGUUUAACUUAUCCUGAAUAUUUACCAUUUCAAUAUCUAUUCAUUGUUGGUUUGAUUGGUGCAAAUUGUCUAGAGAUUCGCAGUUAUUUGGCUGCUAUAAUAUCAGUCGAAAGAGCAAUUGCAACAUUCUCACCUAUAAAAUUCUACAAAUAUCGGAAUAACAUUUCAAACUUUGUUAUAUAUUUUCUUGUUAUCAGUCUUGGAUUAUUUUGCGAUGUUGUUGUCUUUGGUUUUUGUAAAGCUUGGCCUAUCAAUCCUGAAUGUACAACUCUAAACUGCGCGACAACAAAAUGCUAUCAAAAUUAUGUUUCAGCUUCAAAAAUUGUGAGUUUGCACAUUUCCUUGUGCCGAUCAUUUAAUAUUUUCCAUACAGAUUUAUUGCUCCAUCAAUUUUUCUUUCUGUUUUUUACUAACUGUCAAAUUGUUUGUCAUGAAUUGCAAGAAUACCACACCAAUAUCCGAUGUUAGAAAAGCAAAUAUAUUAUCAUUGACUGAUGGUUUAUCAACAAUCAUAUUUGAACUCUUACCAACUAUGAUUUUCAAUUAUGGAUUGAUUGAUAUUACGGUAUCAGUUGUUUUCUAUGAUAGCUUAACGGCGGUUUUUUUUAGUUUGAAAAAAUGAAUUUAAAAAAUUUUGUCAUACCGCGUAUGAAGAUAAUAUUUGUAUUUCAACUUUUCAGACACUUGGUCCAAUAACUGGUGCUUUACGAAGUAUGGGGCGAUCAAUAGAAGCCAUUGUUAUGUAUGUUCUGAUGCAUUCACAAUCGUCACAUGUUCAAACUAUAUCAGUGGAGAGUAGAAGAGAAUAA